ACCUUAGCCUCCCACGUAGCUGGGAUUACAUGCGUAAGCCACCAUGCCCAGCUGUUUUUUGUAUUUUUAGUAGAAAUGGGGUUUCACUGUGUUACCGGGUUCAUCUCAAACUCUGGGCCUCAAGUGAUCUGCCUGCCUUGGCCUACAAAAGUGCUCAGAUUACAGGCCUGAGCCAUUAGCCACCGCACCUGUAAUUGAUUCUGAGGCCAGGCACGAUGGCUCAUGCCUAUAAUCCCAGCACUUUGGGAAGCCCAGGUGGGUGGAUCACUUGAGGUCAGGAGUUUGAGACCAGGCUGGCCAACAUGGUGAAUCCCCAUCUGUACUAAAAAUACAGAAAUUAGCCAGGCAUGGUGGCACAUGCCUGUAAUCCCAGCUACUCACUCAGGAGGCUGAGGCAGGAGAAUCACUUGAGCCCAGGAGGCAGAGGUUACAGUGAGCUAAGAUCACACCACUGCACUCCAGCCUGCGCAACAGAGUGAGACUCUGUUUCAAAAAAGAAAAAAAAAAAAAUUUAUUCUGAGAUAAUCCCAGUUCCCAGUGUGAAACUAUUCCUGCAGUCACUGGAAAAUAAUAACCACUUUCUUGUAAGGAGAUGAAAUUUUGGAGCUCAGAUGCCGUGUUUAUAUUGUUAUUCAGAUGGCCUUUUUAACCUGUGCUUUAAUGGUGAAAGUUGUAGCCACUGAUGUGUGUACCACAAUGGCAUUGGCUAAGUUGCUCUUCCUUUGAGAUAGAUGUCAAUGUGAUUAAAGAAAUUGAGUACACCUUAGCAUAUGAAUUAAGAAACAUAUUGACAUAGUGAUCCUCAUAGUGACAUAGAUCAGCAGGACUUGUGUUCUGAGCACUGGUCAUGACCCUGCUCAUGAUGAAACAGGAUCUGGUCAAAACAGGAUGCACUAAAGAAACCAGUUGAAAGCAGUAAAACUAAGAUGGCAAGAAUAUGAACUCUAGUUACCCUCAUUGCCUCACUGCUCAUUAUAUGCUCAUUAUAAUGCACUAGCAUGCUAAAAGACACUCCCACCAGCACCAUGGCCGUUUACAAAUGCUAUGGCAAUGCCCAGAAGCUACCUCAUGUAGUUUAAAAGAGAAGGAACCCCUGGUUCUGGGAACUCCCCACUCUUUUUCUAGAAAGUUCAUGAAUAACCCACCUCUUAUUUAGCACAUAAUUAAGGAGUAGCUAUAAAUAUAGCUAGCCAACAAUCCACGGGUGCUACUUUGCCUGUGGAGUAGCCCUGCUGUGUCUGUGGAGCAGCCAUUUUCCUGUACUCUGUUGCUCUCCUAAACUUGCUUUGCCUUCACUUUACACUCUUGGCUUGCUCUUGAAUUAUUUCCUUUAUGAAGCCAGGAACCCUCCUGGAUUGAGCCCCAAUUUUGGGAUUUGCUAGCAUCACUAGAGCAAUUUUCUGUGGGAACCAGUGGCCAACUGCCAGCUUCACUACCUGCUUCAGGGUGUACCAACGUCCGUCUAUUUCCCUGUGAUUAGAUCUUUAUUAUUAUUUUAUUUUUUUGAGACGGAGUCUAGCUCUGUCGCCAGGCUGGAGUGCAGUCGUGCGAUCUCAGCUCAUUGCAACCUCUGCCUCCAGAGUUCAGGCGAUUGUCCUGCCUCAGCCUCCCGAGUAGCUGGGACUACAGGUGUCUGCCACCAUGCCCAGCAAUUUUUUUAACAUGGGUUUUGCUGUGUUAGCCAGGAUGGUCUUGAUCUCCUGACUUCAUGAUCUGUCCACCUCGGCCUCCCAAAGUGCUGGGAUUACAGGCAUGAGCCACCGUGCCUGGCUAAUUUUUGUAUUUUUAUUAGAGAUGGGGUUUCACCAUAUUGGUCAGGCUGGUCUCCAACUCCUGACCUCAUGAUCCACCUGACUCAGCCUCCCAAAGUGUUGGGAUUAUAGGCAUGAGCCACCGCACCCAGCAAUUUAUUUAUUUUUUAUUUUUUAUUUUUUUUGAGACAGAGUCUCACUCCUGUUGCCCAGGCUGGAGUGCAAUGGCAUGAUCUCGACUCAUCGCAACCUCCACCUCCAGGGUUCAAGUAAUUCUCCUACCUCAGCCUCCCGAGUAGCUGGAAUUGGAGGCAUGCAGCACCAUGCCUGGAAAAAUUUUGUACUUUCAGUAGAGACACGGUUUCUCCAUGUUGGCCAGGCUGGUCUCGAACUCCCGACCUCAGGUGAUCCACCUGCCUUGGCCUCCCAAAGUGCUGGGAUUACAGGUGUGAGCCACCAUGUCUGGCCUUUAUUUUUGUUUUUUGUGGGUAUAUAGUAGUGUAUAUAUUUGUAGAUUACAUUAGAUAUUUUGAUGUAGCCAUGCCAUAUGUGAUAAUCACAUAGGGUAAAUGGGGUCUCAGUCACCUCAACAUUUAUCCUCUAUAUUAUAAACAGUCCAGUUAUACUCUUUUAGUUAUUUUUAAAUAUAUGAUUACAUUAUUUUGACUACAGCCACCCUGUUAUGGUAGCAAAUAUUAGGUCUUAUACAUUUUUUCUAACUGUUUUUUGUACCCAUCCUGUCAUUAUGUCUUAUGGAGAAUUUUCUUUUGUUCCCAACAAAACAAUGAAACUCGCAAAACUGACUGUAAUGAUUCAGUCUACGUGAAUUUAAAGAGCAAUCAAUACUUAAUGUUCUCAGCUCUGAGUGCACACAUUGUAAGUCUGAAUGAUGCCAAUGAUAUGGCCACUUAGAUAAGUAAAGUUUGGGAGCAUCUCAAAUAGUAUUUUUAUUCUCUGGGUGCAGGAUGAGCUUCCUAGAGUCUGAUGUGAUACCUAUUUGAUGCUUUUACAAAGAAUCAAUAGUCUUCCUCCCUUGAGGUGUGAGCAGGGCUUUCAAAGGCAGCCCUCAGAGUGUGACAUAGUCUGCAUUCGGUUUGCUCUUGGAGGAUACCACAAUUGUUGGCUGAGAGCUCUGGGAAGUACUUUACCCAGAAGGUGCUAGUUGCAAGGCCCAGGAUGAGGGACUUCUGGGCAUGCUUGUCAGGCCAGGGUGUACUGGGUUGGGACUGAGAAGGCACAAGAGGAGUAGUCAUCUCUGCUCCCAAGUGGCAGGUCUGAGGCUCAUAGGCACUGGCUGGGGUGAUGCCUGCUCCACCCACAGUUGAUGGCAGCAGCCACACUGAGGGACCUAGCUCAGGUAAAUGCUGUGUAUUACAGGCUUCACCCCAGGUAGAGUAAUACAGGUAGAGGAACCAAUAGGUGCAAAGGCUUGGAGGUGCAUCUGAGCCAUGAACAUUUCAGAACCUGGUAACCAUGUUGUGUCCUGGAAAGUGGGGAACUACAUUACCCAGAAAGCUCUGCGUUAAACGACAGCCGGUCAGAGCCAGUGAGCACUCGGAAAGAAGGCAUUUCCACGUGUGCACGUAACGUAAGGCCGAGACUUCCGGGGUCUCUAGUAGCGGCUGUGUAUCGGUGACGCGGGUGUUUCCCCAGUUUGUGGCCCCUGAGUGCUGGGUGGGACCGCGGUGACUGAACCUAGAAGGUGGAGAGGAAUCCUCCUCAGUGCCCAGAGGCGGCUCUGCAGCCCCGUGACGGCGACCACUGCUCCCAGGCCGUGCUUCCCCAAGUAGUCCGAUGGCAGCGGCUGCGCCGAGGCGCCCGACUCAGCAGGGCACUGUGACCUUUGAAGAUGUGGCUGUGAACUUUUCCCAGGAGGAGUGGUGUCUUCUUAGUGAGGUUCAGAGGUGCUUGUACCGUGAUGUGAUGCUAGAGAACCUGGCUCUCAUAUCCUCGCUGGGUUGUUGGUGUGGAUCAAAAGAUGAGGAGGCACCUUGUAAGCAGAGCAUUUCUGUACAAAGAGAGUCUCAGAGCAGGACUCCUAGGGCAGGUGUUUCUCCUAAGAAGGCUCACCCCUGUGAAAUGUGUGGCCUCAUCUUGGAGGAUGUUUUUCACUUUGCUGACCACCAGGAAACUCAUCACAAGCAGAAGCUGAACAGGAGUGGAGCAUGUGGAAAAAACUUGGAUGACACUGCAAACCUUCAUCACCACCAGAAGCAGCAUAUUGGAGAGAAAUUCUACAGAAAGAAUGUCAGAGAAGCAUCAUUUGUAAAGAAACGUAAGCUCAGGGUGUCACAGGAGCCAUUUGUCUUCCGCGAGUUUGGGGAGGACGUUCUGCCCAGUUCAGGAUUAUGCCAAGAAGCCGCCGCUUACCCUGUAGAGAAGACAGAUAGUGAAACUACGCAUGGCCCACCCUUUCAGGAGGGAAAAACUAAUUACAGGUGUGGAAAACGCACAAAAGCCUUCAGCACCAAACACUCAGUUAUUCCACACCAGAAACUUUUCACUAGAGAUGGAUGUUAUGUGUGCAGUGAUUGUGGAAAAUCCUUUAGCAGAUAUGUCAGCUUCAGUAAUCAUCAGCAAGAUCACACUGGAAAAGGACCUUAUGAUUGUGGAGAGUGUGGGAAAUCUUAUAGUCGAAAGAGCAGCCUUAUUCAACAUCAGCGAGUCCACACUGGAAAGACAGCUUAUCCCUGUGAGGAAUGCGGGAAGUCUUUUAGUCAGAAGGGCAGCCUUAUUAGCCAUCAGCGUGUUCACACUGGAGAAGGGCCUUAUGAGUGUGGAGAAUGUGGGAAAUCUUUUGAUCAAAAGGGUAACCUCAUUCAACAUCAGCGAGGUCACACUGGAGAGAGAGCUUAUCACUGUGGGGAAUGUGGGAAAUCUUUUCGUCAGAAGUUUUGCCUUAUUAACCAUCAGCGUGUUCAUACUGGAGAAAGGCCUUACAAGUGUGGAGAAUGUGGGAAAUCUUUUGGUCAAAAGGGCAACCUCGUUCACCAUCAGCGAGGUCACACUGGAGAAAGGCCCUAUGAGUGCAAGGAAUGUGGGAAAUCAUUUAGGUACAGAUCCCACCUCACUGAACACCAGAGACUUCACACUGGGGAAAGACCUUACAAUUGUAGGGAAUGUGGGAAAUUAUUUAACAGGAAGUAUCAUCUUCUUGUUCAUGAGAGAGUUCACACUGGAGAAAGGCCAUAUGAGUGUGAGGUAUGUGGGAAACUAUUUGGCAAUAAGCACAGCGUGACUAUACAUCAGAGGAUUCACACUGGAGAAAGGCCGUAUGAAUGCAGUGAAUGUGGUAAAUCAUUUCUUUCCAGCUCUGCGCUUCAUGUUCAUAAAAGAGUUCAUUCUGGACAAAAGCCUUACAAGUGCAGUGAAUGUGGAAAAUCCUUUUCUGAAUGUUCCAGUCUCAUUAAACACAGAAGAAUUCAUACUGGAGAAAGGCCUUAUGAAUGCACCAAAUGUGGAAAAACAUUUCAGCGAAGCUCUACCCUCCUUCAUCAUCAGAGUUCACACAGGAGAAAGGCCUUAUGAGUGCUGUCAAUGUGGGAAACACCAGAAUGUCUGCUGUCCUCGGUCUUAAGCGACUUUGCGUUGAGAUGGAGUCUUGUUCUGUCACCCAGGCUGGAGUGCAGUGGUGCAGUCUUGGCUCGCUGCAACUUGCGCCUCCCGGGUUCAUGCAAUCCUCCUGCCUCAGCCUCCUGAGUAGCUGGGAUUAUGAGUACACACCACCACGCCCAGCUAAUUUUUGUGUUUUUAGUGGAGAUGGGGUUUUACCAUGUUGGCCAGGCUGGUCUCAAACUCCUGACCUCAAGUGAUCCACCCACCUUGACUCCCAAAGUGCUGAAAUUACAGGCAUGAGCCUCUGCACCUGGCCUUCAUUCUUUUCGUAUUGCUUAGAAUAUGACAUGCUGAAUCAGGCAUGGUGGCUCAUGCUUGUAAACCUGAUGCUUUGGGAGGACAAGGUGGUUCAUUGGAGGCCAGGAGUUAGAGAUCAGCCUGGGCAACAUAGCCGGACCUUCUCUCUACAAAAAGAAAAAAGAAUGACAUGCUUCUUGUUUUUGUCAGUUAUAAAUGAAACUGCUAUAUUUGAAUGCAGUUGUUCAUGUAGGUAUGUUUCACUACGGUAAUCUGGUGGUGUGCAGUGCCUGAGUCACGUGAUAGAUUAAAGUACAACUCUUUUUUGAGACAGAGUCUCACUCUGUCACCCAAGCUGGAGUUAGGUGGCAUGAUUUCGGCUCACUGCAGCCUCUGCCUCCCAAGUUCAACUGAUUCUCCUGCCUCAGCCUCCCGAGUAGCAGGGAUUACCGGUGUGCACCACCAUGCCUGGAUAACUUUUUUUUUAAUUUUUAUUAGCAAUGGGGUUUCACCAUGCUGGCCAGGCUUGUUAUGAACUGACCUCAAGUGAUCUGCCCGCCUCAGCUUCUGAGGUGUGACCUACUGUGCUUGGCCUAAUGUACAACUUUUUAAGCAAUGCCAAACUAUGACUUAAGAAUGAAAUUAUUGCUUGUUUGUAUAUCUAUCUACCAUCAGUGUCCAAGAAUUUCUGUUCUAUCUUACCAAGAGGGAGUACGGUUAGUAUUUGAAAUUGUUUAUUAUUUUAAUAAGUGGUUAUAACUUUUUGAGUCAGUGGUUUAUGUUUUGCUUUUUUUUUUUUGUUUUGAGACAAAGUCUCACUCUGUUUCCCAGGCUAGAGUACUGUGGCACAAUCUCAGCUCAUUGCAACCUCUGCUUCCUGGGCUCAAGCACUCUGCCCACCUCAGCCUCCAGAGUAGCUGGAAAUACAGGUAUGCACCACCACAACUGGAUAACUUUUGUAUUUUCUGUAGAGAGGGUUUUACCUUUUUGCCCAGUCUGAUCGCGAACUCCUGGGCUCAGGUGAUCCACUUGCCUAGGCCUCCAAAAGUGCUUGGUCUACAGGUAUGAGGCACCCUGCCUGGCCUCACCUGUAGGCUUGUUUUUUAAAAUGAAUUUUAUCUAUUUCCCAUUUCAUUAAGAUAUUUAAAAAUAAUGAAAUAACAAAGACGUAUGUUGGACUUCAUUCAUUCUUCAGUGAUGUCACUUUGCUGCAAGGAAUAUUUGGUUUUCUUUUUUUUUCUUUUUUCAGAUGGAGUCUAGCUCUGUCUCCUAAGCUACAGUGAAGUGGCAUGAUCUCAGCCCACUGCAACCUCCACCUCCUGUGUUCAAGCGAUUCUGCCUCAGCCUCCUGAGUAGCUGGGACUACAGGCAUGUGCCAUUAUACCUGGCUAAUUUUAUUUAUUUAUUUCAGUAGAGAUGGGGUUUCACCAUGUUACCCAGGCUGCUCUCUACCUUCUGAGCUCAAGUGAUCCACCUGCCUCGGCCUCCCGAAGUGCUGGGAUUACAGGUGUCAGCCACUGUACCUGGCUGAAUACUUGGUUUUCAGUACCACAAGAACUAUGAGCUGGUUAUCCACUUCAUGUGGAAUCAUGAGCGUCCCAAAGUGACAAUACAUAUAGAUUGCCAGGCAGUGAAACAGUUAAGAUGCCACCAUAGCUUUCUUUUCAACAUCUUUCUAAGAUUACCUUACUAUUUCUUUUGUUCCAAGUUUGUAUUUCCUCAGAGUUCUCACAUAUGGAAAGGAUACACACUUUAUAGAAACAAGAACUUGAUGUUAUCCAAGUUCUAGGAUAGCCAUGAGCUCCAAUUAUCUCAGAGCUCUGAGUCCUCUACUCAAUACCCAUUGAGAUUUAUGUGUUCUGAGGCUUUUGUCUUCUAGCUACUUAUGUCGUUCUCCAUGGGUAACGUCAUUCAUCCACAUUAACUAAUUUCCUCACUCCAAGCUCUUUUCUAGAGAUAAUCUCCAAGCCCUGUGCAGAAACUGUCAUUGCACUUUCUGCUGAAAUGGCAGUUUCUUGCCAGCAAGGUGAGAUUAUGGAAUCCAGAAUCUUUUUUCAGGGGUCACAUGCCCAUUUCCCCACUUGCAUGAAUGUCGACACUGCAGCCACAGUUUUGGCCAUAAAUGUGAAUUUGGCAAGUAACCACUGUUCCCAGGGAAAUGUCCCAAUCAGAAGAAGAUUAUCUGGGACACUGAUACUGACAGGGAGAUGGGACAUUCUGAGGGACCCGGAGGCAGGGUGCCACCUCCUCACCUUCCCUGAGGGCUGCCUAGAAUCUCUGUUUCCUCUCUGAAUUAUUCUUCCUCUUAUGGCUUACCAAAAACAUGGAACCUCACAAAGUCCACUGUAACAGCUUUAUAUUUGUAAAGUGAAGAACAUGAAGACAGUUUCAAUCAAAGUUAUUGAGUGGACACUUUGUGUUUUUUUUUUUUUUUUGAGAAGUCUCACUCUUUCACCCAGGCUGGAGUGCAGUGGCAUGAUCUCGGCUCACUGCAACUCCACCUCCCAGGUUCACGCCAUUCUCUUGCCUCAGCCUCCUGAGUAGCUGGGACCACAAGCGCCCACCACGUCAGCUUAAUUUUUUUGUUUUGUUUCUUGAGACAGAGUCUUGCUCUGUUGCCCAGGUUGGAGUGCCGUGUCGCAAUCUCAGCUCACUGCAACUUCUACCUCCUGGAUUCAAGCACUUCUCCUUGCCUCAGCCACCUCAUUAGCUGGGAUUACAGGUGCGUGCCACCACACCCAGCUAAUUUUUGUAUUUUUAGCAAAGACCAGGUUUCACCAUGUUGGUCAGGCUGGUCUCAAACUCCUGACCCCGUGAUCCACCCACCUCGGCCUCCCAAAGUGCUGGAAUUACAGGCGUGAGCCACUGCACCUGGCCUGUAUUGUUUUCUUUAGUAGAGACAGGGUUUUACUGUAUUUGCCAGGAUGGUCUCGAUCUCCAGACCUCGUGAUCCGCCCGCCUUAGCCUCCCAAAGUGCUGGGAUUAUAGGCGUGAGCCAACACGCCCUGGCCACUUCGUGUCUUUGCAACAUUUUUUAGAUAUGUAUUUGUGUUUUUUGGGGAGCUUAAUUUGCUAAUGGAAUCUCUGUUAUUUUCCUAACAUGCUUGGUGGAUACAAGAGUUAAGACUUCCUGUCCCGUUUAGUGUAACAAAAGAAAGUUAAGAAAUGUGGAUAAAAGAUUGUAAGUUAGAAAUGGCAAGAUAAUCAGCUAUAUGAAGAAUCUUGGCCAGGUGUGGUGGCUGAGGCCUGUAAUCCCACCACUUUGGGAGGCUGAGGUGGGCGGAUCACAAGGUCAGGAGUUCAAGACCACCCUGGCCAAUAUUGUGAAUUCCUGUCUCUACUAAAAAUACAAAAAUUAGUCGGGCAUGGUGGCGGGUGCCUGUAGUCCGAGCUACUCGGGAGGCUGAGGCCGGAAAAUCGGUUGAACCUGGGAGGUGGAAGGUGCACUGAGCCAAUAUCACACCAGUGCACCCCAACCUGGUGACAGAGAGACAAAUCAUCUCAAAAAAAAAAAAAUCUCAAUCCAUAAAUGUUUAUAACUUUAUAACAGCAUGUUAUAUGGGCUUAGAUAUUAUCCCUAAAAAAAAUUUUUUUUUUUUUUUUUUUGAGACAGAGUCUCACUCUGUCACCCAGGCUGAAGUGCAAUGGCAUGGUCUCGGCUCACUGCAACCUCCGCUUCCCAGGUUCAAGUGAUUCUCUUGCCUCAGCCUCCCGAGUAGCUGGGGCCUAUAGGUUCCCUCCACCACGCCCAGCUAAUUUUUGUAUUUUUAGUAGAGAUGGGCUUUCACUACGUUAGCCAGGCUGGUCUCAAACUCCUGACUUCAUGAUCCACCCCCCUCGGCCUCCUACAGUGCUGGGAUUACAGGUAUCUGCUACCGCACCCCGCUUAUCCCUAGAAAUCCUAUGAUAGCAUGAUGUAUAGGCACCUAAAGGCAUGGCACUUGAGAAAUGUGAAUAAAAGAUUGUAAAUUACAAAUAGCAAGGUACAGUCAGAUGUUAACAGUCUCAACCCCUAAAUGUCACCUUGUAUUACAGCAUGUUAUAUAAGCACAUACAGGCACAUACAUGAAAUAGUGAUACUUCAUUCUCAGUAGUAGUUUUCAUCCUUCUCACUGGAAAGAUCUUUGAUGAUUUUUAAUCAACAUAGGAGUUUCAAUGAUAUCUAGAAGUUUAAAAGGGCUUGUUCAAACAAAUUAUGACCACACACAGUGAAGAGUAUGUUUGUCUCUUGUGGUGUAAAUUUUUUUUUAUUACACCAAAUUAUGUUCACACAAAACCUUUGUAAUCAGGGGGAAUUAAAGAGCCUUCCUGGAAAAUGGAGGUUGCAAUCAGCCGAGAUGGUGCCAUCGCACUCUAGCCUGGGGAAUAGAGUGAGACCCUGCCUCAAAAAAAACAAAAAAAUUCUUUAUUUUCUCCAUAAACUACAGUUUAUAUAAGCAAAACUUUCAGUACUAAGCAAUUUUAGUCUCUGCAGUCUCUUGUCUUGAAUUAAUACAACUUUUGUUAAUUCUCUUAUGAAGUUAAUCUUCCUGCUUGUAUGUGAAUUAAAUAUAUGUCAAACUUUUUGUACAAAAGAUUCAUACCUCUUUCCUGUUUGAAAUUAUUUUACUGUGUUUCAUCAAUCUAAUGUUUAUUUUUAUUACACCAGUAAUUUCCUCAUUGUGUUGAAUCUUACAGUGGCUUACAAAUCGACAUGUACCUAGAAAUGUUUAGCCAGUCCAUGUAUAUUUGAUGUGGCACAUUUUUUCCUUUGAAUCACAUACUCUAAGAGAAGUAACUUCCUCUUGCUAACCUCUACUUUCCCUAAGUGUUGAAUUAAUCCUCUUUAGAUGAUUAUAAUUCUCUUUUCAACACAUAGCUAGAAAGAAUCUAUAAAGAAGAACUUUCCUGGCUGGGUGUGGUGGCUCAUGCCUGUAAUCCCAGCACUUCAGGAGGCCGAGGUGGGUGGAUCACGAGGUCAGGAGUUCCAGACCAGCCUGACCAACAUGGUUAAACCAUGUCUUUACUAAAAAUGCAAAAAUUAGCUGGGUGUGGUGGUGCGUACCUGUAAUCCCAGCUACUCAGGAGGCUGAGGCAUAGAAUUGCUUGAACCUGGCAGGCGGAGGUUGCAGUGAGUUGAGAUCGUGGCACUGCACUACAGCAUGGGCAACAGAGCAAGACUGUCUCAAAAAAAAAAAAAAAGAAAUCACAGUCCAUGUCUGAGGGGUGUACGUUGCUUAUCAAUUUGGAGAGAAAAUAAUAGAUAAUGUAAUACAAUGUUAAAAUAGAUUAAAAAUUGAGAUAGAAAAACUGCUCAAUUUAUGCUUCACAUAAAAUUGAAAAUUAAAUCAAGUCUACACAUAAAGGCAUUUUAUAUAUAUAUAUAUAUACAUAUAUGUGUGUGUGUAUAUGUACACACAUAUAUACGUAUAUAUGUGUAUACACACACAUAUACAUGAUUUUUAUGUUAUUUUUGGAGACAGAAUCUUGCUCUGCUGCCCAGGCUGGAAUGCAGUAGCAUGAUCAUGGCUCACUGCAGCCUUGACCACCCCCAGGGUUCAAGUGAUCCUGCCACCUCAGCCUGCUGGGUAGCUGGGACUACAGACAGGCACCCUGCCUGGCUAAUUUUUGCAUUUUUUGUGGACACAGGGUUUUGCCAUGUUGCCGAGGCUGGUCUCAAUCUCCUCGGCUCAAGUCAACAGCCUGCCUCUCUCUCCCAAUGUGUUGGGAUUACAGGAAUAAACUACUAUGCCCAACUCAAGAUUAUUUUUUAAAUGGUUUAUUUUCUUAGUAAAUUGGGGUGCACAAGUCAUUAAAAGCAAGGAUUAAAUUUAAAGGGAAAAAUUUGUUUUACUUUUCUACAGAAAAUUAAAACCAAAGCACAUUAAAAGUGACAACACGGCCGGGCACAGUGACUCACACCUGUAAUCCCAGCACUUUGGGAGGACGAGGUGGGCGGAUCACGAGGUCAGGAGAUCGAGACCAUCCUGGCUAACACAGUGAAACCCCAUCUCUACUAAAAAUACAGAAAGUUAGCCAGGUGUGGUGGCACGUGCCUGUCGUCCCAGCUACUCAGGAGGCUGAGGCAGGAGAAUGGCAUGAACCCAGGAGGUGGAGUUUGCAGUGAGCCAAGAUCAUGCCACUGCACUCCAGCCUGGGCGACAGAGCGAGACUCUGUCUCAAAAAACAAAAAAACAACCCAAGAUGGAAAUGACAAAAAUUACUUAAAAUGUGCAACAUAAAAGGUAGUCAUUUAGGCUGGGUGCAGUGGUUCAUGCCUGUAAUCCCACUUUGGGAGGCCAAGACAGGUGGGUCACUUGAGGACAGGAGUUCGAGACCAGUCAGGCCAAUACCGUCUCUGUCUCUACUAAAAAUCCAAAAAUUAGCUGGAUGUGGUAUCAUGCACCUGUAAUCCCAGCUGUUUGGGAGGCUGAGGCACGAGAAUCGCUUGAAUGCAGGAGCAGAGGUUGCAGUAAGCUGUGAUCAUGCCAUUGCCCUCCAGCCUAGGCAACAGAGCUAGACCCUUGUCUUAAAAAAAAAAAAAAAAAGGAAAGGAGUCAUCUAUAAUUUUACUACUUAUACAGAUUACAUUGAGAUAAAUCAUAAAAUAUUAGGCAAAACUUUAAAACAAUUUUUAACUAUCCAGUAUAUCAAAGAGAGAUGCCACACAUUGUAUUUGUUUGCAAGAAUGUCAUUGUGAUUACAAAACUGACCACUAACCAUUCAGUUGAAGUUGACUGAGAACUUAAAACUUUCCGUCUAUGGCCAUACCACCCUGAACGUGCCCGAUCUCGUCUGAUCUCGGAAGCUAAGCAGGGUCGGGCCUGGUUACUACUUGGAUGGGAGAACUUAAAACUAUUUCCUUUUUUUUUUUUUUUUUUUUGAGAUGGAGCCUCACUUUGUCGCCCAGGCUGGAGUGCAGUGGCGUGAUCUCGGCUCACUGCAACCUCCAUCUCCUGGGUUCAAGUGAUUCUCUUGCCUCAGCCUCCCAAGUAGCUGGGAUUACAGGUGUGUGCCACUAAGCCCGGCUCAUUUUUGUAUUUUUAGUAGAGACGGGGUUUCACCAUGUUGGCCAGAGCCACCGCAUUAUUUUUCAGCCAGGUGCGGUGGCUCACGCCUGUAAUCCCGCACUUUGGGAGGCCAAGGUGGGUGGAUCACCUGAAGUUGGGAGUUCGAGACCAGCCCGAUCAACUUUGAAGAAACCCUGUCUCUACUAAAAAUACAAAAACCUAGCCGGGUGUGGUGGCACGUGUCUGUAAUCCCAGCUACUCGGGAGGCUGAGGCAAGAGGAUGGCUUGAACCCAGGAGGCAGAGGUUGUGGUGAGCCGAGAUCACAGCACUGCACUCCAGCCUGGGUGACAAGAGCAAGACUCCGUCUCAAAAUAAAUAAAAAUAAAAAAUAAACAUGAUGAUCACAGAUGCAGUCAGAUUUUCUGAGUUCUUGUCUCUCUGCCAGUGCCACCCAGAUAGCCUCACAAAACUUUGACCCAGCCACUGUUAGUGUCGCCACCGCCCAUAAAGGAGCUGAGCCCUACUGCCUGGGGCCCUGUAGGCAAAAGGCUACAGCAGGAGCUGAUGACCCUCAUGAUGCCUGGUGACAAAAGAAUUUCUGCCUGCCCUGAAAGCCUUAUCAAAUGGACACCAUCCAUGAAGCAGCUGGCACAGUGUAUGAAGAUCUGAGGUAUAAGCUCUUGCUGGAGUUCCUCAAUGACUACCCACCCUUACGAUGCACCAACAGUGAAGUUCCUCACACCCUGCUACCACCCUAACGUGGACACCCAGGGUAACAUAUGCCUGGACAUCCUGAAGGAGAAGUGGUCUGCCCUGUAUGAUAUCAGGACCAUCCUGCUCUCUAUCCAGUGCCUGCUAGGACAACUCAACAUUGAUAGCCCUUUGAACACACAUGCUACCAAGCUCUGGGAAAACCCCAUGGCUUUAAGAAGUACCUGCAAGGGCCAGGCGCAGUGGCUCACACCUGUAAUCCCAGCACGUUGGGAGGCCGAGGUGGGUGGAUCACCUGACGUAGAGUCCAAGGCCUGACAAACAUGGAGAAACGUCAUCCCUAUUUUAAAAAAUAAAAAAAUUAGCCAAGUGUGGUGGUGCAUGCCUGUAAUCCCAGCUACUCGGGAGGCUGAGGCAGGAGAAUCACUUGAACCUGGGAGGUGGAGGUUGCAGUGAGCCGAGAUCUCGCUAUUGCACUCCAGCCUGGGCAACAAGAGUGAAACUCUGCCUCAAAAAAAAAAAUAAACAAAUAAAUAAAUAAAUAAAAAUAAAAAUAAGGAAGUACCUGCAAGAAAGCUACUCAAAGUAGGUCACCAGCCAGGAGCUCUGACCCAGGCUGCCCAGCCUAUCCUUGUGUUGUCUUUUUAAUUUUUCCUUAGAUGGUCUGCCCUUUCCGUGAUUUCUGUGUAGAACUCUGUAUCUUGAGCUGUGGUACUAUUUUUCUUUUGUCUUUUAAUUUAAGCCUUGGUGGAGCCCUUGUGAUGAAUAUUAAAUAGAUACAUUUUGGGCUGGGUGUGGUGCCUCUAGCCUGUAAUCCCAGCACUUUGGGAGGCCGAGGCAGGCGAAUCGUGAGGUCAGGAGAUCGAGACCAUCCUGCCUAACACGGUGAAACCUCGUCUCUCCUAAAAUACAAAAAAAUUAGCCGGGCGUGGUGGCGGGUGCCUAUAGUCCCAGCUGCUCGGGAGGCUGAGGCAGGAGAAUGGCAUGAACCCGGGAGGCGGAGUUUGCAGUGAGCUGAGAUUGCACCACUGCACUCCAGGCUGGGCACAAAGCAAGACUCCAUCUCAAAAAAAAAAAAAAAAAAAGACAAAAAGAAAACAUUUUGGUCAUUAAAAAACAAAAAAAAUGAUACGAGAGAGCACCCAGGGAUUAUAAGAGGAAACACUUUAUUACAUCACUCAUCUAACAUUCCAGAAAAUGGAAAGUACUCUACUGUACAGCAAAGUAAAUCAUUGGUUGUCUGGAGAACAGAAAGAAAGCCUUUAUAAAAAGGUUCCAGGUAAAUAUAAAGGUGUUAAGUUCAUUAUUGUGACUAUGUUAAUGGUUUCAUGGGAUUAUAUGAAACUCAAGAUUUAUCACAUACUACAGCUUAAAUAUGCAUAGUUUACUGAAUGUCAUUUAUAACUCAUCACAGCUUUAAAAUAUACUUCAGACUGGCAGCAGUGGCUCACACCUGUAUUCCCACCACUCUGGGAGGCUGAGGCAGGCAUAUCACCUGAGGUCAGGAGUCCAAGCUCAGCCUGGCCAACAUGGCAAAACUCCGUCUCUACUAAAAAUACAAAACUUGGCCGGGCAUGGUGGCACAUGCUUCCAGUCCCACCUACAUGGGAGGCUGAGCUAGGAGAAUUGCUUGAACCUAGGGGGUAGAGGUUGCAAUGAGCCAAGGUCAUGCCACUGCACUCCAGCCUGGGUGACAGUGAGACUGUGUCUCAAAAAAAAAAAAAAAAAAAAAAAAAGGUUGGGCACGGUGGCUCAUGCCUGUAAUCCCAGCACUUUGGGAGGCCAAGGCAGGCGGAUCACAAGGUCAGGAGAUCGAGACCAUCCUAGUUAACAUGGUGAAACCCCGUCUCUAGUAAAGAUACAAAAAAUUAGCUGGGCAUGGUGGCGGGCACCUGUAGUCCCAGCUACUCGGGAGGCUGAGGCAGAAGAAUGGUGUGAACCCAGGAGGCGGAGCUUGCAGUGAGCAGAGAUCGUGCCGCUGCACUCCAUCCAGUCUGGGCAACAGAGCAAGACUCCGUCUCAAAAUAAAUAAUAAUAAUAAUAAAAAAAUGCAGUUCAAAAGAAAAAUAUAGAUUUACCAUUAUUUUUGGAAAAUAGGUUUGGCAACUCUAUACUGACUACACCAAUUCUUCUCAUGCCCUAAGUGGGAAAACUAGCCUCCACGGUAGCAAAUAUUGAUGUGGCACUAAGGCCAUUUCCACCUCAUUAACUGGCUGGCUGGUCACAAAGGCCACAUCACUGAACUGAGAUCUCCCUUCUCCCUAUCAUCUUCCUCCUGCUAAUGCAGGAAUGACCUUGAGAAGAACAGCCCAGAAUGAGUACAGGAAUUCACAAAACCUUUAGAUUAUUUCCUCUGACAAUGGCCUCAACAAUACAACAUUCAUCAUUAUGGAAGUCCUGAUAAUUCCUGUAUCUGCAUAUUCAUCAUAUACGUAGUGACUGGAUCACUGUGGAUGCCCUUUUAAAAGACAUGCAUUACGCUGCAUGUGGUGGCUCACACCUGUAAUCCCAGGACUUUGGGAGGCUGAGGCCAGCAGAUCACAAGGUCAGGAGUUCGAGACCAGCCUGGCCAACAUGGUGAAACCCCAUCUCUACUAAAAAUACAAAAAUUAGCUGGGUGUGGUGGCAUGUGCCUGUAGUCCCAGCUACUCAGGAAGCUGAGGCAGGAGAAUCGUUUGAACCUGGGAGGCAGAGGUUGCCGUGAGCCAAGAUUAUGCCACUGCACUCCAGCCUGGGCAACAGGGCGAGGCUCUGCCUCAAAAAAAAAAAAAAAAAAAGACAUGAGUUGCAGUUACAUUAUUCUGUCUCCUCCACUGCCUAUAAAUAAAGUAAUUCUAUAAAAUUAUAAUUUCACCUGAUAGCAUUACAAUCUGUGAUGUUAUCCUACAGAAUUCUGGAUAUCAGGGCAUGUGUCUGCAUUGCAAGAGCUGGGCAACAGACUUCCCUCAGCCGUACCAAGUACAAUGCAAUAUACCUCGUAAAAGAAUUUUGUCUUGUUCAAAAAACGCCAGAAAUUGUCACAAAAAAAUGCCCUGUAUCCAGCUGACUUAUGAACCCACAAAUUUUAGUAUCCAUGCUACAGAUAAAGACCACAAAGCCCUGAAGUUCUUCUUUGGAGGCCUCUGGCAGCUAUGCAAAGCAGUCCACAAGUGGAGAAAGCUACAUUCUACAUUCAUACUGUUCCAUGAGCCACAAAGUUUAGCUAUGCCAACAAAAGCUGUGACCCCCUUCAUAGUAACAGGACCUACUUGUUUCUGAACCACCCAUACAGUGACAACAACCCUCAAGAUUGAAGAAGGCUGAAACAAUAAGGCCUUCAUAAUAGCACAAACCGGAGAAAUGGGAGGCAAGCUGUUCUCAGGAUCAUGACUUGGAGGGUAGAAAAUUUGUCAAGAUUGAUGUGAUACCCACAAGAUCUCUGAAAGACAUAGUCCAUCUUUUCAAGUCAACGUAAGAGGCCUCUGGGAUAAAAAUGGGUAACGUCCAUGGCAUGACUUAUCAGACAGAAAAAAAUGACAAAGGAAGAAGUGCUGAAGCUACUCAACAAAUCCUUCUGUGACUCGAUCAGAAAUUAAAAGUUAAAAAAAAAAAAAAAAAAAA